GUAGUUGCCAGACUAAAUGAGAGAGGAUCUAGGAACAUACGAUCGAUCGAAGUGCCACUUGCCAGCUUGCAAGCCAGAUUUAUAGGAUGAAAAUUACAACAUGAAACAUUAGUGAUACGUAUAUAUUUGCUGUUCUUCUUUUAUAGAUUCCAAGGACAUGUACUUACUUUCCAGAGAGCGCAGGGAUGGAGCAUAACAUUACCAUGGCAACACAACCCUGAGAUACAAGCAAAAAAUAAAGUCAAACUCUGUGACGGGUUUACAAGCAGUUGCUUUCCCCAGCGGACCCAGGAUGUUGUCGGAGACUCGGGUCGGCGUUUGCUACGGCUCUAUGGCGCUGUUCCUCUCCAUCAUUCACAACGUGUUCCUCCUGUACCAUGUUGAGGUCUUUGUGUCUGUCUAUCACAUCGACAAGACAUCGUUCUGGAUUGGAGAGACAAUAUUCCUGAUUUGGAAUUCUCUGAAUGACCCUCUCUUUGGCUGGCUGAGUGACAAGUCGCUACUCAACAGUGACAAAACUGUUGGUAGAUUUGGUGUCCAGCCAGAGUUGGUGAUCAAACGUCUGUGGGCGCUGACAGUCAACGGUCCACUCUUUGCCCUCUCCUUCAUGCUGUUCUGGUUUGUCUGGGCAUUCCCGGGCUUACAGUUUGCCGUGGUUCUGUGCCUGUAUGAUGGAUUCCUGACUGCGGUCGAUUUGCACCAUACGGCACUGCUGGCUGAUUUAGCUCUAUCUGCCAAAGACAGAACUAAGCUGAAUGGUUACAGUUCUUUCUUCAGUGCGGCUGGUUCCCUGUCAGUGUUCCUAUCUUAUGUGGUGUGGGACCGGGAUACCAUGCAAUCCUUCCAGAUAUUCUGUUUUGUCCUGGCUAUGUUCUCGGCUGUGGGAUUUUUCUUCGUGUCACGCCACCUGAGCAGGCAGUAUCAGGACUUACGCAAGAAGGAUGACGGAAUGACAUCGGUCAUCAGUGUUAAACCGCAAGAUGUCACCACCAAAGCCACCACCGAAGAUGAGGUGACCAUUAAGCGUUAUAUCAAGCAGUUGAGCAAACAUUCCAAUUUCCAGUAUUUUUCCCUCCUCAAUCUUGUACAGGUUUUCAACUGCCACUUCAACAGCAACUUUUUCCCGCUCUUUUUGGAGCGGCUUCUAGGCCGGGCCCUGUCCCCUGGUAUGGGCUCAUUGCUGAUUGGUGUCUCAUUCGUCAUUCCCCACCUUAACAAUCUCUACUUCUUGUCACUGUGCCGCAAGUAUAGCAUCUAUGCUGUCAUCAAGUGGCUGUUUUACUGCAAGUGCCUGCUGAGUGGGUUCAUGCUAUUUGCUGGGCCUGACAACCUGUGGCUAUUGUGUGUCUUCAUUGCCAGUAACCGUGUGUUCACGGAGGGCACCUGCAAGCUACUUAACCUGGUCAUCAGUGAUUUAGUGGAUGAGGAUUGUGUGAUUCACAGACGCAAACAAGCAGUCUCAGCGCUAGUCUUUGGCACAGCAGCCCUGCUGUCCAAACCAGGCCAGACCAUUGCUCCGCUACUAGGAACAACUCUUCUUGCCAUACAGACAGGUCAAGACAUAUUUCAAUCCAAGCCUGGGAACUCCCUUCGUGCCAUCGAGUCAGGCCUGACGGUGGAGGAGAGUGAAGUGGUGCGACUGGGCUGUUUCCAUUGCCUGGUCUACAUCCCCCUGCUGUGUGCCAUGGUCCAGAUCUUACUGUGGACGAGGUUCACACUGCGUGGCGCCAGACUGGAGUGGGUCAAGCGAGUGCGUGCUGGGGACGUAUUCACACACGUCUGAUAUCAACCACAGAUCCAGAUGGACUGACGGGGGCCAUCCCCCCCCCCCCCCCAAUUUGUUUAUUCUUUUAUUUAAUAAGUUAACCAGAGGAGUGAAGACGUCUCUUUUUCUACACAUCCUUUUUUUUUCUAUAGUUCCAUGAAAUUUUAGUAGUGUAACGUCAACCGGAUCCUGGGUUGUCACAUGCCAGACGAAGGAAACCACAGACACUUUUCUUCAGGGUUUUGGGGCUCUAGGCCAUUUAUUCUUGCCACUUUCUUUACAGGAGGCUGUCCCUUUAUACAACUCACAACAAAAAGAACGUUAUACAAAAUGUCACACUACUAAGUCGGCGCAGUCCGGCAAUGGGUCUCCCUGGCCCAGCAGCAGGGGUCCCAACACUACAGUUGCACUGUGGGUCCGUGCUGGCGCCCUCUGCCGGCAGCCCGGCACCGACAUUACAAUAGAAAGAAAAGAAGAGCGGGAAAAAGAACGCCAGCUUGCAAUCAGGGGUCCAGCCUCUCCCCCCCCCCCCCCCCCAACUCUUCACUUUGAAAAUUUGGUUCUGGAUUCACCAGUAAUGUCUCAUGGUGGGAGGGGGUCAUAGAAUCUGGGAGAGUGCAAAGAAGAGACUGUUUCAUAUGAAGUAUCUAGUCAGUUUUUGACAGAAUGUAGACCAUUCAAGUGGACUGUUUCUUCAAUCAAACAGAAUUCACUGACCAAUCAGAUCACGACUUUUGGUCAGUUGACCACAAUAGCCCAGUCAGACUCGGUCACAAGCACUGUAGAAAUGUGCACAAACCAGAAGUGGGCGGGGCUUAUAGCAAGUCUGGAAUGGUCCAUAGUGACAAAGACAUGCCUCUGUCAUUGUUUAUUCCUUCUUACUUGUAAUAUGACUUGUCCAUUGACCUGUGAUUUAACUUGUGAUUUGCCUCAAGAGUAAUAAAAAUAAGCUAAUGUUACAUUCUAAUAAAAGCUAGUUUGACAUAUACACCACAGGUUGCCCUCUCCUUUUUUUCAAAUGAACCAAUCUCGUGAGACUGCAGAGUGCAAAAAUUGGCCGAGAGCAAACAAAUAUUUGAUUAGCAAAAAAACAAAAGGUUUGUGUGUACCAUGUCAUUUCAUAUCAAUAACCUGGUACUGCUUCAGAGCUGAUUGUUUUCCUCGGCAUGUCAAUUUUCUGGCAACGCUUCUCGUUAAGAAUUACCUUAAAAUUGAUUCCUGGUGUGAAAACUUUGUCAAGUGCCUUACACAUAUUUUGUUGGUAUUUCUUUUGGAAUGUCCAUGUAUUUGCCAUGCAUUUGAACUCCCACACCAUUGCUACAAAAAUCACCUCUAAUAUGGUCCACAGGACUUCAUGAAAGAAAAGAUUCUUGUAUAUAUUGUAGAAAUAAAAUUGGAAGCUUUAUUUUGUUUAAAUGAGCAGAUAUUUAAUGUUGUAACUCGCCCACCACCAGUAAAUAUUGUUAAUGUGAGAAGGAUGUUGCUAGAAAUAAGUCAUUUUAAAACUUUUUAUGAAUAUUAAUGUCUUUUUAGGUUACAUUUUUAUGUCUCAAUUACCCAAGCUGAAGACGAAGCCGUGAUUUGGUAAACCUCCAUUGUAUUAAGUCAGCAGUUCUUAAAUCAUAGAUAUGAUUUAAUCAUAUUCUCACUCAAGAAUGCUAACUUUAAAAUGUAUUUGCACCUAUGAUUCCUUGUGUAAAAUAUUAGAAAUUUAACCUGAAAUAAAAUUCAUUUAUUUUUUGGGGGGAAAAAUAUGACUGAGCAUUCUUUAUUAAUUGAAAACUUCAGAAAAAUGACUGGAAUAAGUGCAAGAAUACAAAGUUUUUUUGGGACGUUUGGUGCUGUUCUUAAUGACUUGUUUGUCACAGUUCAAGAGUAUACUUAAAAUGUAGGAUAUUUUAGAGAAAUGGGAGUCAUGUUGGUUUCUGUAACAGGCAAAGUGUGCUAUUUUUGCUAUUUUUUUCAAAUGGUUGAGGGCAACCAUUGUAUUUUUAAUACAGAAAUUUUGAACUAUAUGAUCAACAUAAAUCGACUUUUAACAAGCUGUGAUAUUCAUCAAAUCUAUAUAAAUAUACCAUGCAAAAUCUGUUGUUGAAGUUGUCUGGUAAUUUUGACAGAUUUGUGGUAAGGGUGUUUUCGAUUUUGGUAAAAUUUGGUUUUGAUUUGUUUUUGUUUUUGUUGUUCUUAACUUCAAUGCCAAGGCUUUUUUUCCCUAAACUGUACUUCGUAGUUUACUUUGAGAACACCGACAGAUAUUUGUGGCAUAUCCUCAGUAUAGUUUUUAUUGCCGAUAACAAUAACCCACAUCUGUUUAUGAUUGUUUCUUCACUUUUCUGUGGUUCCUUGUAUUAAAUAACAUUACUUGAAUAAAAAAUGUUGACAUCUAU